AAAUAGACCGAGGAGUGGAUGGAAAUGGGAGAGGACAUCAGUAUUUGUGGUACAUACUUGGUGAAGACGGAGACAGCGGCUGUAGUGGUCCAGGGCUGUCAGUGGUGGAGGCGGCGUGUGGCUGACCUCAGCCCACCUCAGUUCACUAACCCCAACCUUACCUUCUACUUACAAAAAUAUUGUGAAAAGAAAGACGCUGGCCUUUAGAUACUUCAUAAAUAAUGUGUGCAAUAAAGGAGACCAAUGCCGAUUUUCACAUGACCCUGCUGUUGCACAGCCAUCUAUGUUCUGCCGGUAUUACUUGAAGGGAACCUGCGCCUAUGGGGAUAAGUGCAGGUAUGAACAUAGUGUGCCAGAGUAUGUUGGUAAAAUAUAUGCUCCUCAAAGUAAUGCUGCUCCUGCUCCUGCUCCCGCUUCUAAUCGGCCUGAUGGGCUCAACGCUAAUUAUAAUGUAAAAGUUCCUGGCGAACCACCGGUACCAUCUAGUCAGCCUAAUGCAUUAAGCACCAGACACACUCAAUAUCCGUGCUGGGGCGGCAAUCUUGAUCUCGGAUCUCGCUCAUUCACAGUUGGCUUUAAAUGCCGGUAUCCACUAGAAUUCUACAGUGAUAAUCAAGUAGUAAGUGUUCCAGUUGGAGGCAAUAAUAUACCUCAUCGAUUGCCACCCAUCAACCAGAACACAAUUAUACAUCAACCAGUCUCCAAUGGUAUAUCUAGUGCACGAGAAAUGAUCAAGCUUGUUGCUGUGAGCAUCACUCAGUUUGUAGCAAUGAUACUUGAUGCCCAUAGACUUCCACACAAUCUACCCACUUUUAACAACAGAAAAAAUAUGUCAAUAGAAGAUGCCCGAAGCAGUGCAAAAAAUCUGCAAGCUGUUGUGAUUAACUUUGGAUCCACUAUUUACAGAUGUAUGAACUGUGCAACACCAGACGUGUUGUUGGAGCUUGGUAACCUGCUGAUAAACUUCUGGGCGGACGCUAAGGAACCGUGUCCAAACUUAUCUUUCACUUCUGAUGAUCUAGCCCAGGUUGUCACAUCUCCAGAUGGCCGACACUUCCUUCAAAUAACUCUAGCUCAACUUGAGAAUUUAAUGGCUACAUUAAAAUCUUUAUUAAAUUAACUAUCUAUAGUUGUUUUUAAUCACUAACACCUUUUUUUCCUUUCCUGUUAUUGUAAUUUUAAAGUGCCAUCUUCUAAGGUAAUUUAUUGCUUAAAUAGGGAUAAACAGCUAAUAACCAAAAUGGAAACCUCUUUUUCUGAUGUAAUUGUGUAUUGCUAUUUUAUCAAUACUGCUAUAAUAAUUUAUUUUGUAUUUCCUAGCAGUGGAAAUUGAAUGACUGUGGUUAAAUUGUGUACAGGCACUAGCAGGCACUAGAAGUGUCGACGGAAGGUUCAAAGUUCUCUUACAUGUGUACAUGAAUGUAGGAAACCCCACACAAUUUUUUAGCAGCUAUAUCCUAUAAGUGUUUUAAAUAGUAUUAGCAUCACUGGAAGAGGAGUAUUGAUAUAAGCAGCUUAGGAAAUGUUAACUAUUGAUAUGUUAAAAUGACUUGCCGCUAGAAUUAUUGAUUUCAAAUAUAUUUUAUAUAUUUAUAUUUUUCUUGUAUGAUAAAUUUGUUGUGAAUGUCACAGCCGUUUUACUUUGUCACAUUCAGUGUGUUUAUGUUCCAACCACCAAGCCAGGUUCAGGAGUCACUGUCACAGAAGAAUAUCUCAUUACAAGAUCUUGUAUGAUCUUUUGACAUGUGGUAAGUGUUGCUCAAGAUGGCAUGACACACUCAAGCAGUAUCACAGUAUUAAUGAACUUGCUGGAGCUAAAUAAUUAUACUCGUGUUAUAUCUUGUUUUGCAUUUUGUUUCAUAAGGUUUCAAACGUGUUACUGAACAUCUUUGUUGACAGCUAUUAAAGGAAAGUUGUCCAUUCAGGAAAUAAUAUGACAUAAAUAUCAGUGAUAUUGUACUGAUGAGUCAUGAAUUAUACAUUUGUACAGAGCUUGUUACUAAAUUAUUGAUUAUUUCCCUAAAAGUAACUAUUUUGAAUGUUAUUUAUAGCUUAUGGUAAACAGUCAUGCUUAAUAUUCCCAUUCAUAUUACUGAGAGACAUUAACAACUGACAGUAACCAAGUGAAAAAUGUAAUUGCUAUAGAUUAUGCCACACACAUUAAUAAGCUGUUGCAGUAUUUUAUUGGAAACAAAUCAGUCUGAAAUAAUAGUACAUCAUAAAUUAUUAAACAGAAUCAGGAAAAUUUAAAAUCCUGGGGUAUGACAACUAAUUAUUUUUUUGUGUAAUAGUUUGUGAGAAUAUUUAUAUUUUCCCCCACUUAGAGGCAAUAAUGGCAUUAACAUGCAAACUGUAAUUCUGUAGAGAAUACUUUUGACACUGAUGAUAAUGAAUCUUGCUCAUAAUAUUAUAUAAGGUUUUCUUUGAUAAUUAUAUGUGAUAUUUCAACUGAUACACAUAUUAAUCAUUACUUGUAACUAGUUUAUUUGUUUUUUAUUCAUAGGCUUAUUUUUCUAAAACCUUUAUUUCUCUCUCUUGUGAAAAGGAUAAACUUCUGAAAAUUUGUAGGAUCUCUCGCUCUCUCGCGCGGUCUCUCUCUCUUGCUCGCUUUCUCUCUCUCUCUCUCUCACUCUCUCUCUCUCUCUCUCUCUCUCUCUCUCUCUCUCUCUCUCUCUCACUCUCU